CAAUAUCUGGCGUAUAUUUACCACUUUGUAAAAGAAUGGCGCAAGAAUCCAAAGUGGUCAUUAUCCUGCUGCCUGGCCUUGCUAUUGCCUCUUAAUCAACUACAAGGAGAGAUAAGUGGAUUAACUGGCACGAACAUACUAAAGCAGCAACUGCAAACUGGUAAAUUCGAGAUGCCAACGAUUGCUAGUACUUUAAGGGAGAGUGGGGCAGUUGAUGUUACUCUUGAAGAUCGUGCAGAACGAGAACAAGAGGAGGCAACAACUGACGAGAAAACCAUUGAACAGGGCCUUUUGACAAUUGAAAGAGAAACUGUUGUUUAG